UUACAAGUACAUAUGCAUGUAUAAAGAAAAACAAAACAUCAAUAAAACGUUUGUACAUGUAAUAAACAAUGUAUUUUACAGCUACAUGGGGUUAAUAUAUUGCUUGCACGUUUACUACUUGCUAAAAAAGUCAUUUAUUUUCUUCUGGCUGACUGAAUUUCUAACAAUUUCCUGAAUAUGUGUUUCGAAUGCAUAAAAAAUGUCAGUUCAGCGCACCAUGACACUCCAAAUAUCGUCUCAGUGCCUUUACUCCCAUCAGUGCCCCGGAUGCAGUAAGCACAGGUUCGUCGCUGUCAUCGACAUCAUCAUCAUCAUCGCUAUCUUCUGGCACUUCAAGCUCACACGGUUUAGCCUGCAAAACAUCGGCACAAAUCUCCUCGUCGGCUCGCAUUCCAAAACAUUGAAGGUUAUUGUCAACGUUCACAUACGUGUCAAACUCUGAUUGGUCGAUUGCGUCUGGCGGUGUGAUGUCACUCGACGUAGUUUCUUCGUUUCCACUGUUACAAUCAGCUGAUUGGAAUCCGGCUUUCCGAUAACAGUUCACUAAUGUUUCUUUUUUCACUUGACCCCAUGAUUUGUUCAGUAUAUGUAUUGCAUCUAAAACCGUGAUUUUCUUUACAAACGUUUUGACCUGUAUGUCUUGACCACUGUCAAUUUCCGUCAAAAUGCUAUUCACGAUCUGUUGUCUGUAGAAAUACUUCAGGUUGCGAAUGAUCCCUUGGUCACACGGCUGGAUGCAAUGAUGUAGUGUUGGGAGGCAGGAAAAUAAGUUUCAAGUUUUUUAGCUUUGCAUCAGCAUCAGCUGGGUGCGCAGAAAAGUUGUCGACAAUUAAGACAAUUUUUCUCUUUUCUUUUCGCAUGUCUUUGUCCAAAUCACAACACCACUGUCUAAAUAAGAUCCCUGUCAUCCAUGCAUUUGCGUUGCUUUGAUAAUCAACAGGAAUGUCUGUUACUCCACGAAAACAGCAUGGGUUUUUACUUUUCCCGAUCACCAUUAAGCGUCUUUUAUCUGUCCUAGACAUGUUACAGGCGACGAGAGCCGUAAUUCUUUCUUUCUGUUUUUUCCCACCACUUAAUUUUUCACUUUUGUAAGUUAAGGUGCUCUCUGGAAUUGCUCGGAAAUAUAUUCCAGUCUCAUCGGCAUUGGACUGUACUCUUCAAGCAAUUUUGGAAGUUGUCCUUUCACCCAAUUGUCUGUGGCCGGCAAAUCUGCAUCUUUUUUCUCUCCAUGAGCUUUUUUUGUAAACUAUGCAGUUUCUUUCCUUCCAUCUGCAUAGCCACCCGUUCGUUGGUUUGAAAUCAGGUUUAUUCAGCGUUUCAGCCAGUUUCUUUGCUUUUUCUUCCACAAUUGGUCCUGAAAGUGGAACAUCGUGACUGCGAGCUUCUGUAAACCAUGUUUUUAAAGCUGUUUGUACAUCGGCAUCUUUUCCGGUACAACGUCUUUUUCUGUCCGGAUUUUCAUUCCGUUCCCACUGCAAACAGAUUUCGGAUUUCUUUGCCGCUAUGCGUGAAACCUGGGACUGUGAAAUUCCCAAACGUCUAGCGAUGUCAGAUUGAGAAACAUUUUUAUCAAGCUCUUCGAUAACACCUAUUUUUUGGGAGAGAGACAAAUCAGUUCGUUUUCGUUUCACACUCAUUUUCGUAAUGAAUGCAUUGCGUGCGUUGGGUCUAACACGUUCAUUACACAGACUGCGCAACCGAUAUGAUAGGUCUACUCAUUAUGUAAGUGUUGUUUGUUAAGUAAUAAACAUCUAAUUUAAACAAGACACUUGAGCAGAUAGGGAGAUAACGAUAUCUAUUGCAUAUGUUAGUUUCCCUCCUCACAAUAAAGGUUUUAAUUAAUCGAGAGUGAUCGCUUCCGCUACAGGUGUAAACAGUCGUGCCGGCUAUUAUACUUGCGGCAAUGUAUUCAGCAUAAUCACAAUGUAUUCAGCAUGAUCACGGUGCGGUCUUGGCUUAAAACAAUACGACUUGUUAUUCAAGGCCAGUUGGCAGAUAAGCCACAAGUUAAUCAAUUAACUGUGUUUGGCACGUGGAAUUCAGUGUUUUUGCUGUGACAAUAAGCGGGAUAUGUUAAUAACAGGUAGUCGAUUAUCCGGGUGUUUUUGUACAAGCGGCUAUGUAAACGGAACGGUGCAGGGACUUCCUAUGUUUAUAGCAGGGCUAUUCUAUUAAGCGGUAUGCAAAUAAGUGGGUUGCACUGUAGCAUAAUAUAUUGCUUUUGACAUUCAAGUUACACUGCAGUUCUUAUUCAUGUGUGACAUCGGCUCAAGCAUGGCAGCCCACUUUGGGGAAAGGCUUUUUCCUACAAGUUAGUAAUUGUGUAAGAAUGUGAACAAUAUAUAAUAAGGAUGUGCAACUGUUACAAUACCACAGAAAACAAAUUUUAUUAGAAGGAUACAUGUUAACUUAUUAAAAUGGCAGACAACAAAAAUACACCAGGUUUGAGAAUUUUUGUGAAUAGAAGCCUUCACUUGGAGAAGAUCAAAUUCUAUGGCUUUGAUAUGGACUACACAUUAGCAGUGUACAAAUCUCCGCGGUACGAAUCGAUGAGUUUCAACCUGCUGAAAGAGCGGCUAGUUGAUGUGGGCUACCCGGCCUCCAUUCGAGAGUUUGAGUAUGACCCUUCUUUUCCAGUGAGAGGUCUUUGGUUUGACAAAUGCUAUGGCAACUUGCUGAAGAUGGAUGCAUAUGGCAACAUUCUGGUUUGCGUCCAUGGAUUCAAGUUCUUAAAACCACAGGAAAUUGGAGAACUGUAUCCAAACAAGUUCCUUGCAUUGGAUGAUACUAGAAUGUAUGUUCUCAACACACUGUUUAAUUUGCCAGAAACCUACAUGCUGGCUUGCAUUAUUGAUUACUUCACAUCGUCUAAUAAUUACAAAAGAGAGAAGGAGGGUGUGCGAUCAGGAGAGCUGUAUAUGUCAUACAAAUCCAUCUUUCAAGAUGUCAGGUCAGCUGUUGACUGGCUUCACUACCACGGUGCCUUGAAGACCGAAACGAUAAAAAAUCUCGACUUGUAUGUUCACAAAGACGAAAGACUUCCACUGCUUCUUGAACGAAUUCGUGCACAUGGUGGAAAGACUGUACUGAUAACGAACAGUGACUACAAUUAUACAGAUAAAAUCAUGACAUAUCUUGUUGACUAUUCAUCACAGAAUGGUGUGAAGAAGGACUGGACGUCUUACUUUGACCACAUUGUUGUAGAUGCUCAGAAGCCGCUGUUCUUUGGAGACGGCACAACACUGAGACAAGUGGACAGGGAAACUGGAUCUUUGAAGCUGGGUGAUCACCAGGGUGAAUUACUACAAGGACAUGUAUAUUCAGGAGGAUCCAGUGAUGUUCUUGCACAUCUGAUUGGCGCCAAAGGUAAAGAUGUCCUCUAUGUUGGUGACCACAUAUUUGGUGACAUCCUGAAGUCAAAGAAGAAGAGGGGAUGGCGUACAUUCCUUGUCAUACCUGAACUGUCCGAGGAGCUCAUCGUGUGGACGGACAGAAGUCAGCUGUACAAUCAGAUAGAAAACCUGGAGAGAGUACUGGCGGCCAUCUACAAAAACCUAGACAGCAGUACAGAUGAAAAACCAGACAUCACAAAAAUACAGCAGUCUCUCAGGGAUGUCGUCCAUAAACUUGACAUGUCGUAUGGAAUAUUGGGAAGCUUAUUUAGAAGUGGCUCACGUCAGACGUUCUUUGCCUCUCAAGUACAGCGUUAUGCCGAUGUUUACUCGUCAACAUUUCUGAAUUUACUCCACUACCCAUUCUGCUAUAUGUACAGAGCUCCACCGAUGUUGAUGCCGCAUGAAUCGACAGUGAAGCACCAGACUGGUUCAGGAGAGACUGGAAUUGCUCCGAGCUUCACGAGAGCCCGAAGUUACGAAGAGGUUGCCUGCAUGUCCUCGCCGACAAAACGUCCACGACAGGUGACCUCACCGAGCAAAAAACAAGUCCCGCACCUUCGUGCCGACCUUCCACAGAAAGUGACGCAUCACCACGACGAGGGCGACGAUAGCCCCGACGACGAUUCUUCGAGCCACACCAGCGAGAAGUCCGAAGAAUGUUGAUAGAAUCCUCAAACCCAGAGAGCCACAGAGUGCAUUAACUGUGAUCACGAAUAUAUAUAUGUCUUGUAAACACUGCUGCUUUGUGAUGGUGUAACUGUUUUUCAUAUUGAAGGUUUUACAUAUAUCUGCUGCUGUAUGCAUUUCUAACUGCAGCUUGUACGUACAUGUACAUUUGUGUAUGCAAUAAGGUCAUUGCAUGCAGUUGUGCUCUUUUGAAACCAUAAUCAUCAAAUGCAAUAUGAUGUUCAGAUGCUAUAUUGUGCUUUAACUGUUUUUUUGUGUAUUUGUAUAAAUGUGUGACUAAAAAAACCAUUGUUACUUCUUAUAGCUCACAUGAUAUUCAGGAUUUAGUAAGUACGUAUUUAGACACAAUCUGAACACUGUUAUACCCACAUGCUGUUAAAAGUGUCUACAUGUUUUUUUUUGUAUUAAUUUGUUGUUUAGUACUGUUGAUCUAAAAAAAAAAAAGGCUUCAUCAUUCUGCAUAAAACGUCCCACUCAGAAUGUAUUUUUAUUUUACUAAACAUACCACUAUAAAUUACAGACCUCACUGCCUGCAUGUCCUCACCGACGAAACGUCCACGACAGGUGACCUACCCGAACAAAAAACAAAUGUAUCUUUGGCACAUUCUCUGAAUUUCCUGGUGGAUGUGUCCAAGACGGGGUAACUUACUUUAUGGGGAGCCAUUUAUUUUUUAUUUUAAGCUAUUCCCAUACUGAGCAUUGAUAUUUAAUUCUUUUGUAGCACUUUCUUUUAUUUUUUUUUAUUUUUUUUAUUUUUGGUGGGAGGUAAAUUCAUUUGUUAUGAGGAGCUAAAAAUGGCUCCUUAGACCAGUCGGAGGAGAGUGAGAGCGAGAGAUGGCGCCACUUAAGCGGUGAGGUCUGAUAAACCGUAUAUUUCCCUAAGUGUUCUUUGUCCAGUAUGGGGGUGGGAUUUAGCUCAGUCAGUUGAGUGCUCGCUUCAGGUGCUUGUGUCGCAGGAUUGAACCACCUCAGUGGAACCGUUCAACUGAUUGGGUUUUUUCUCGUUCCAACCAGUGCACCACAACUGGCAACGGCUGUGGUGUGGGGUUUUCUGUCUCUGGAAAAGUGCAUAUAAAAUAGCUCUUGCUGCAUUAAGAAAAUGUAGCGGGUUUCCUCUAUUGACUACGAGUCAGAAUUACCAAAUGUUUGAAAUCCACUAGCCGAUGAUUAAUAUAUCAAUGUGCUCUAGUGGUAUUGUUAAACAAAACAAACUUUUUGUCUAGUUUAAAUAUGGCUAAAUCAUACACUUGUUGAUGUAGAAGAUGAAUAUGGCUAAAUCAUACUUGUUGAUGUAGAAGAUGAAUAUGGCUAAAUCAUACACUUGUUGAUGUAGAAGAUGAAUAUGGCUAAAUCAUACACUUGUUGAUGUAGAAGAUGAAUAUGGCUAAAUCAUACACUUGUUGAUGUACAUGUAGAAGAUGAAUAUGGCUAAAUCAUACACUUGUUGAUGUAGAAGAUGAAUAUGGCUAAAUAGUCGAUUUAAUCUCCAUUUAAAUUAGAUACUGUUACAGGUAUGAUUUUAUGUGUUAAAACAUUGUGUGUUUUUGUCUCGCCUUGCUAAAGUUGGAAGGCAAGAUAUAAUUUUUUAAAAAUCUUUUGCAUUUAUCUCUACAAUGGUCAUUGUUUGAAAUGUUUACAUGAAGUGAAAAGAGAUGCUGUCAGAAUGCAUUAUAGUGUAUACAUCAUUAUGUUUUUAUCAAAUUCAUUAAAAUGUAAUUUCAUUUCAUGUACAAUGAAUGGAAGCAAAACUAAUCAGAUGUAUUUAAUUUAAUGGAUGAACACUUACAUCUGUCUAUGCAAACUUACAUGUACUUCAAUUGAUGGACUUCACACAAACAAUAAUAAUUAAAAAAAAAAAAAAACCCAUAAAAAAAAACAUUCUAUGCAGAACCUUUAAAUGGUAUUAUCAUUGUUAAAUUAAUGCUUCUGUAAUACUGCCAUCAUACACUUAGAAACCCUAAUAUUUAUUUUUAUACCAGGCUACAGAUUUUCAAGGCUAUCUUAGUGUCCCAUCACUAUGACAUAUGCCAUAGCCUUUGAAGGUUUUUGAUGUUGUAGUGCUAAAAUAGCUUUGAAAAUAUGGACCCAGGGCCCCAUUCCACGAAAGAAUUGUAGCUAAGGUUAAUUGCAGUGACUUAAGGUGAGUUUUAUAACUGGCACCGUAAACUCUACAGUCGUUCCACAAAGCAGCCUUACGGUAGUCGUAAGUACCCCUUUAAUGAUUAAUAUACAGGUAUAUUCGUAAUCGUUGCAAAGAAGUGUGAAUUAGUUCAAUAAUUAAUAAACUGGUUACCGACUUUUCGGAACUUCUUGGAUGUAUUUAUUGGUAUUGGCCAUCCAUGAAGUAACUUUGUCAAUUGUGUGCUAAGUGAAAAUUGACGAAUGCAGAAGACAGAGUUAUCUCCCGUAUUUUCGUGUGGAAUUCAUAUGGCCUAGAACGUUUUUCAUGGAACGCAGAGUUUCAUAAAAGGUAUUUGGUAUGUAUUACAUCUAUUUUUACAAUAUGAGUUACUAUCCUUCUUAGAAAAUCAUCACGUAAAUGUCAUAUGACAUCCAAGUUAGUGGCUUACAGCUGCCUCGUACCUAUUGUAAGUUUUCACAGUAAUUAACGACAAUAGUAAGCUACAUGUAUGCUGUGUCGUGGAACGGGCUGGCGAUCGUAGAAAAAAAUUAAGGUAGCGAUGGUAGGUAUUGACGGUGAUAGUGCUAAGAUCACUUCGUGGAACGAGGCCUAGAACAGCCACUUAGUACCUGAUUUUAUUUCGUUUGUAGGUGAUUUUGACACCAGUGUUAUUAUUACAUCAUUUCACGCUCGUUCAGUGUCUGACUUGUGCUGCUGUGCCUGUAUAUGCAAUACAUUAUUUUACAUGACAUGGUAUGUUAGUGGGAAGUUUGUCUAGUCAUACCAAGACAUAACGAAAGCUAAUCAUCUUGUCGCAAUAUUCAUAAUCCAUCGACAAUAUUAUUUUUGAGGAAAGUACCAAACUAUAUUUAGUUUUCCUUGAAAGUUGAUGAACAUGUGUUUUCAUGUGUACAUGUAUACAUGAGAUACAUUUUAAAUAAUUAUAUGAUGUAAUAUAGUAUUUACAUAAAGAUGAUUGCAUCAUCAAACAUUACCCAAAUAGUUACAAUUAUUGUAAUUGAUUUUGUUAUUUGUAGUUGUGUUAAUGUUUCUGUAAUCCAUUUUCAUUUUAUCAUUGUACAGAAGUGUAGUGCAAUAUUGACACCCACCCACCCCCCGCAUUAGUACAGGAAACAUUUAUUGUGAAAAUAUUUUGAGAAUUGGAGUUAUAGUAACUGUUAUAGACAUGUAUUUGCAAUGCAAUAUAAUAUAUAAGGUGAAAUUAUUUAACUGAAUGAUCUGCCUCAGUAAAGAACAAUUUGUUGAUUUAUUUUUAAAAUACUGGGAAUAUGAAAAGGAAUUAACAUCCUUAUAUUAUACAUUGUGUUCAAGAACAUUGUUUAGAAUCAGUUUUGAAAAGCAGUGUUUUAUGCUUUGUCCCAAAUAAUUUGACUGAAAUUUCAUCUUACAUUUCACUUCACUUUAUAUCUCACUUAGAUAACAUCUAAUAUUAGCUAACAAAUUUUGUUUUGAGAUGACCUUUUGUCUCGGAGCAGUCAUUUGCAAUACUUGCAGAUUUAUAUCGCCAGCAUUUUGACUGGGUGAACGAAAGGUCACCUGAUCACAUAAUGGCAUUAGCUGUGGUCAGAUCUUCAGAUGAGAAGAAAGCAGAAUUAAAUUAAUUAUAACAUGUGAUUUUUAUAUGGAAACACAAAUUAAAUCGGAUUUGACUUGAGACAGAUAAACACUGAAGCAGUCCAUACAUUGUGUGCAUCAACUUAAAAAAAAAAAAACCCCAGACAAAACCACCAAGCUAACAAUACUUUCUACACUUAAUUUUGACAUUAUAUUUGAUUUGAAAACGGGUCAUGGAAGCCUGUGUUAUUUUUUAAUAUUAGAUAGUGUGUUGAAAAUAAAAGUGCUAGUCUAAGAUGAUUAUGUCUGUGUAACCGAUUGUUUGUUUCCGUAAGUUAAAGGCUGCUGUAACACCUGUAAACUGAUUGUGUUGAUAUAUAUAUCCUAUUGCAUUUUCUGAAUUUACCUCAGCAAUAUACAGUGUACAAAUGACAAUAUGUAGUGUACAAAUAGUCCCAAGUUAGAAUAAUAUGCACAAUAGGAAGAUUGAUUAUCCAUGAUUUCAAAUGUAAACUUGAAAACAUUAUUUUUGUUCAGAUGAUGUUAACACAAUUAUUUAUGAUUUUAGAAAUAGGUGCAAUAUAUUGUAAUUAAGUUUGGGAUUGUGAUGGUUGUGUUAUUAUGCUGUUUAUGGUAUUUCACUAACAAACAUGUAUUUACUAACUUAGGCUGAGUAAUUUGGUAACAGUUGUUUUCAAUAUCUGUUUAUGGUAGGCUAGAGUUGUUCAGUCCAGUUUUAUUACUUUAUUUUAAAUCACAAAGUGUUGGUGUUUGUGAUAAAAAUGUAUUUUAAUUAGUGUUGUCCAGAUCUUUAAAACUAUUUUUGUUUUUCAUUUGUGUAAUGAAUUCUAGAAAUUGGCUAUUAGUGUUUGUCACGUUUGCUUAAACAUAGCACUUUUUCUUCUUCGUUUUUGUCUGUUUGUUGGUUUGUCUUUUAGUUUAUUUUUUUUCUUAUAUUGGCUUAAUUAAGGCUUAAGUGGGCUGUUUGUCCAGCAUACAUGUAGGUUAAUGGUCAGGCGUUAAUGGUUAAUGCGAUAAGUUUCUGUUGUGGCCUUAUACAUGUCUCUCCCCUUUGAACCAUUAAAACACGCUUUUUAUAUCAAAGUAGUACUGGCUGCCAAAGGCUGGUGGCCAGCCAUUACACCAUUGAGAACGGCCUGUGAGUAACAUCUUUUUUUGUAAACCAUGUGAAAUAAAUGGAGAGUGAUUUUAUGGAGAUUUUUAUACCAAUCGGAUAUCAAUGAUUGUUAGUGGAAGAAAAUUAUUUAUUAUUAAUCUUAUAAAAUAGUCAUUAUAAUACAUUUCUCUUGUAUUGCUUGUUUUUGUUGGUUUUGAACUUUGAAUGAAUAUAUGACUAAGGUUGUUAUUAUUUUUAUAAUGAUGUAUAAUACAUGUAUAUCUUUAUUUAUUGUCAGUGGUGGAUCCCAAUGGAUCCUCAAACAUCCCCUUAAACAAAGAAAAGAAAAGAAAAAAAAAGCUCACAUACAUGUAUCAUAUAUUUUUACUGGCCUAAUCUCAUCAUUGUUUCAUACAGUUAAAAGCAUAUUAAAUAUCCACAAGUCUUCAGGUUAUAGGGAAAAAUGCUCAUAAAUAUAUUUCAAAGAUCAAAGGAAUCUUGUCUUGGUGAUAAAUGUCUUGCUACCCAAAUUUGUGUCCAUUUAGACCUGCCACUGACUGCAUGCCAUUGUGAGUUGCAUUGUUGACUUACAUUUUUAAUGAAAGAAUAUAUUUUAAAUAUAGUUACUCAUUCCAUUUAUUGUUUUGUUUUUAAUCUUAACCAUCUUGGUAUGAACAUGUAUGUGAUUUUUAGUACAGUGUGAUUUCCAGAAUAUUAUAGUAACACAGAAACCCAAGUUUUAACAUAAUAUUCUUAGAAUUUUAUAUGGCAAAAACGUCCAACGUUUUGUUUUGUUUCAACACUGCCGUUAGAAAUACUGUACACGGCUGAAAUAAUAUCAAUAAUGGUGUGUUGACAGUAGUCUAGUUUUCAUACGGAGAUGGUUAUGUUGAUGUUUGCAUGUUGUUAUUAAUGAAAGUUUUAUUAUAUCUAUACUAUGAGUUAGUUACGUUUUUUUACAUAAUAUAUUACAACCAAACUGUUUGUUCAUCAUUUAACUUUUUAACUUUUGUUAUGUGAUAAACCAGUGCUGUAUGACUAUUAUGAUUCUGUAAUUUUUAAAAAUAUUUGUUUAUAUUUAUAGUUUAUAGUCUGAAGAAAGAAAUUAAAAAGAGAUAAAGUUUUCGGAUCAGAUAGAAUAGAAAGGUGGUAAGAUUCUUGAAAGACGUAUUUGUGACCUGUUUUUGUUUCUAAUUUGUCUGCAUAAUGAGAUAAGUUAAGAAAUCAACUAUAAUUUUUAUUUUAUUUUUUGGUUAUAGUUUCUGCAUCUUAAGGGUGAUUUAUUAAGAAAAUCAUUUCAUUUGACCACCAUUUUUUUAAUAUCUCAGCUAUAAUUUUAUUUCUUAGAUUAAAAGGUUUGUUUUAUUGUACAUUCAAUUAAUACUUAUUUUACUAAACAAAUUGUAUUUUUAUGUCAGUAAUUAAAAGUGUUGUAUUCAUAAUUAUAAUUGAUGUACAGAUCCAUAAUUGUAUGUACUUUUUAUAAUGUUUAAAAAAAACCCCAAAUCUUGUUUAUUGUAGUCGUAAGGAUAUUUAUUUCCAUAUCCAUUAUAAUUAUGAUGUGAAUGAUUUAAAUGUUGUUUGUUUUUUGUUUUCAUUAUGCCGUUAAUACAUUUAAUAAUAUUGUUCUAAAUUUUCUAGUAGAAUCUGCAAGAGCAUGAACACUAGUCUUUUAAAGUGGAGGUGUUGCAGUUGCAUCUCAUUCAGUAAUUUAAAGUGUUACUCCACUCAAAAAAAACAAACAAAAAAACAAUUCAGUAUCUGAAAAAGAAUUCCGGUAAAACUGGAGCUCAUGUCCACCAAUCAAACCUUACUUGUAGAAUCAUGCCAGUGAUUUAAAAAUAAUUUGAAAAAA